AUGGAUGACCUUAGCGAUGUUAAGAAGGUCGUAGAGGCGGUCCUGAGCGCGUGCUUCGGCGGCACCCUCGUCGAGCUCCAAACUGCCGUUAGACAGAUGCUGGCUAUCGGCGGUCGUGAUGAGCCUGAUGAACAAUCGGAUAAGGUAUCGGAACAUACUGACGGUACUUUUAACUGCGUGGAACUUGCUGCGCUAGAAUCACUACGGGACACGAAGAAGCACGGCGUGGCCCAUAUUGCGGCUGCUGGCGGCAAUUUGGACGUUUUGCAGUACAUAUUGACAGCUUUGCCCUCUUUGGCACAUGUGGAAGACGAAAACGGCGAGAACCCCCUAUUUUAUGCUAUACGUGCGGCUACUGGUAGAGAAAGCUCUGGUGUGAAUAACUCAGACUUCCUAUCUUGCGUGUUGCUUCUGCUCGGCCAAUGCGGCCCCAACUGCGUGAGCAAAAGCGGAGCAAGCCCCCUACAUGUCGCGUGCGAAUUAGGUGCCCUAGAUAUAUGCCGUUUGCUAGUGGAGAACCAUGCUGACGUUGAUGUCUACUCCGAUGACUACGGGACGCCGUUGACAGUUGCCGUCAUCCGCGGCUACGUCGAUAUUAUAAAUUAUCUUCUAUCGCAAGGCGCUAAUCCCGAUGGCGCUGCACCUAACUCCGAAGGUAGCGGAAGUAGUUGUCAAUGCCGUUUCCCGCCUCCGCUGGCCUUCGCAUGCAGCAGCGGCCAGGAACGUGUGUUCGACAUGUUGCUUUCAGCCGGCGCUUCCGUCUCUGUCUGCGAUCGGGAGGGAUGGACACCGCUACAUUGCGCAGCCGAGUUCGGUUCGGUAUAUAUGGUUAAGAAGUUGUUGGAUCUUAAGGCCGACUGCAACAUAAAGGUGCAGGGCAAGACCCCCUAUCACUUUGCUGUGUGGAACGGCCACAGCGCAGUGGCCUCUUUAUUAGCCGACAUCACCGUUGACAAGGGACCAGUCAACAUCUCCGAGCCAUCUGUUGCACCUCAAGAAGAAUCGGAGCCUGAGCCUGAUAGUUGUGCCCCGGACUUCAGUGGCAGUCGGGAGGAGCUAGACUGCUUGGUGGCGAAUUUGAAGGAUGAAGGCCGCACAUUCGUCGCCAACAAGGAUUAUGCCAGCGCAUGCGCUGCAUAUUCGAAGGCAAUCGCUUUGUUAUCUGGUGUUGCUGAUACUGCCGGUGAGCCGUUAUCUGUGCUUCACUCCAACAGGAGCCAUACGUAUCUGAUGUUAGGCAAGCUGGAACAGGCACGUAAGGACGCAGAACGGUGCAUUGCGCUUAACCCAUCGUGGCCCAAAGGCUACUUCAGACUGGCUAGCGUCGACAAGGCCAGUGGAAGGGAGGUUGACUACUUACACAACCUAUUCCAAGCCUACUCAAGAGAUACGAGCAACACCAGCAUGCAAAACCUGUUUCAGCGGGAGUUCGAGCGCGCUAGAAACGCAUCGAAAUCCAAUUAG